AUGGUAAUAAGGAGUAGUACCAACGAACAUUACUCAUAUUACCUACAUUUUCAUCUUGCUUCUGGUGGCUUCUCCGGAUUCGAGGAUGAUACUGUCGAGCAGACUGGAAUAACACUCACUGGUACAACAUCUACUGCAUAUGUAUAUUGGUAUCCUAAGGAUGAAGAUACUAGGCCACUCUUAAUUGACACACAAGGAUCAUCCACUAGCUGGUACCAAAGGAGAUAUCUUGACUCUAACGAAUGGGACCCAGUAAAGGAUCCUCCAACUCGUAUUGGUACUGAGACUAAGAUUCUCCCACAAGGCAAUGAACCUACUGGACUUUCUGUAGAAGCUAAGGUAGGAAUUGGCAUUGGAACUGGAUUAGGCGGAGCAGGGUUGGGAGGUCUCAUCGGUGUUGUUGCGUGGAAAUGGCCUUCCAUAGUCUCAUUUAUAAUCGCUCGCUUAUAA